UGCCUAGGAGGUUGUAGAAAGCUCUGUAGGUUCUCUCUGUGUGUCCCACAGGGCUCCUCGCGCCAGAUCCCUGUCUGAUGGCUUUUAUGAAAAAAUACCUCCUCCCCAUUCUGGGGAUCUUCUUGGCCUACUACUACUAUUCUGCGAAUGAGGAAUUCAGACCAGAGAUGCUUCGAGGAAAGAGAGUGAUUGUCACGGGGGCCAGCAAGGGAAUCGGAAGAGAAAUGGCCUAUCACCUGGCAAGGAUGGGAGCCCACGUGGUAGUGACAGCGAGGUCAGAAGAAAGUCUAAAGAAGGUGGUAUCCCGCUGCCUGGAGCUGGGGGCGGCCUCAGCGCACUAUGUGGCAGGCACCAUGGAGAACAUGACCUUCGCAGAACAAUUUGUUGCCAAAGCUGGAGAGCUCGUGGGGGGACUUGACAUGCUCAUUCUCAACCACAUCAACUAUACGCCUUUGAGGGUGUUUAGCCAUGACAUCCAUCUCUUGCGCAGAAGCCUAGAGGUCAACCUCCUGAGUUACGUGGUCCUGAGCACGGCCGCCUUGCCCAUGCUGAAGCAGACCAACGGGAGCAUCGUGGUCGUCUCCUCCGUAGCUGGGAAAAUAGCUUGCCCACUCGCUGCUGCCUAUUCUGCAAGCAAGUUUGCUCUGGAUGGGUUCUUCUCCUCUCUCAGGACGGAAUAUGAGGCGACCAAGGUCAAUGUGUCCAUCACCCUCUGUAUUCUUGGCCUCAUCGACACAGACACAGCCAUGAAGGCAGUUGCUGGGAUAUACAAUGCAGAAGCAUCUCCAAAGGAAGAAUGUGCCCUGGAGAUUAUCAAAGGGGGAGCUCUGCGCCAAGAUGAAGUUUAUUAUGACAAUUCAAUCUUGACUUCUCUCCUGCUGAAAAAUCCAGGAAGGAAGAUCAUGGAAUUUCUCUCCUUGAAGAAAUAUAAUAUAGAAAGAUUUAUAAACAACUAGGCACUUCCUGAGGGCUGGGCCUCAUAAAGGGAGCUUGGAACAAUCCAGCCUGGUAUUUAUCCGAGCUCCAUCAUGAAGGUAUCUCCCCAGAGAGAUAAGUGAGUGCCCCCAGGGGACUGCAAGUCACACAGCACAUCCCACAAUUUAAAGGAAUCCCUCUAACACUUGUGGAAAGGUGAUCAUAAUGAAUGCCACGAACCAGCCACUGUGAAAUUGACAGUAACCAUAGAUAUAAUCACAAGAGAGUCACAUCAAGUUUACCUCAAAGGUAAUAAGGCUAUAUUUAAUCAAUAUUAAUUCUAAAGGUCACAUUAACUUUGUAAAUUCACACCGCAUUGGCUUUAACUUCAGUUCAUUCAGCAUGAUUCCAUUAAAAGCUAUA